CUGUAUAAUCGUACCAUUCUUAAAAAUGUGCUGGCAUCCCUGACGACAUCUUUCUUUUGCAUCUGUCAUUUCCGUGUUCGGUGUGGUUUCUCAAUAACUUUACACACAAAAUGCAGAACGACGCCGGUGAAUUCGUGGACUUAUACUGCCCGAGGAAAUGCUCGGCUAGCAACCGCCUGAUCCAUGCCAAGGACCACGCGUCGGUGCAGCUGGUGAUCGCGGACGUGGACCCGGCCAGCGGGCGCGCCACCGACGCCGCCAAGAUGUACGUCAUUUGUGGCGCCAUCAGACGCAUGGGCGAGUCUGACGACUGUAUAGUCAGGCUCACCAAGAAGGACGGCAUACUGACCAAGAACUACUGAUGUAGUCGAGUAAGGGGCGUUAUUUUAUAAGGACAAUAAAAAAACAGUAAAAUA